GAAGACGAGCAGGUGCUGGCCGUGGAAGACGAGGAGGUGCUGGAUGUGGAAUGCGAGGAGCUGGUGGUGGUGGAAGACGAGGAGGUGCUGGCGGUGGAAGACGAGGAGGUGGUGGCGGCGGAAGACGAGGAGGUGCUGGCGGUGGAAGACGAGGAGGUGGUGGCGGUGGAAGACGAGGAGGUGGCGCAAGCAGAGCGGGUCGAGAAGCCGAAGGAGCUGUCGCAGGCAGAGCCGGUGCCGCGGCCCGACACAGCCGGGGCCGCCCUUGCCGCGCUGCAGGUGGUUCAGGAAGCGCUCCGCUCUGUGGAUGUCCAAGCCACCAGGGCCUACCUGCGGCUCAAGCGCAGGAUGAAUCAGAAGCGGAGUGGUCACCUGGCUCGAAGGAGGGCCAUCAUCCAGGGCAUCCCUGGCUUCUGGGCACGCGCCAUCCUGAAUCACCCCCAGUUAUCAGCUGUGAUAGGUGACCAGGACACAGACAUGCUCAGCUACAUGACCAAUUUAGAGGUGGAGGAACUGGGUCGUCCCAAGUACCGCUGCAGGUUGAUGUUUUACUUUGGGAGCAACCCCUACUUCCACAACGACGUGAUCGUUAAGGAGUAUCACCUUAGCAUCGGCGGAUAUCGGGAGACUCGUUGCACUCCAGUCCAGUGGUUCUGGGAUUAUGAACGUGGUGCUGCCAGCCGCAGGCGAGACCCCAGCGGCCUGAACUUCUUCAACUGGUUGUGUGACCCCAGCUGCCCAGGGUCCAACAGGAUCGCCGGGAUCAUCAUCGAGGACCUGUGGCCCAAUCCGUUGCAGUACUACCCGAGGCUGGAAGGCGGCGCCUGGGAAUGAGCUGAGAGGACGACCUGUCGGCAUGGCAGCCGUGUGGAAGUGGACAUCACAGAGCAUCCGCAUUGCACCACCAAGAAGAAUCUGAUGAGGCCUCCACCGUUGAGAGACCUGCAUGGGCUCUUCUCCGUGGUGCUCAGCCUGCACGGGACAGCAAAAGGGACAAGGAUCAGCAGGGGCAGCGCUAGAGAGGAUCCUGCCCCUAGCUGCAGGGUCAGGGAGAAGGGCCAUAAACAAGUUAC